AUGGAGGCUCCUAGCUACGACAGUAUUGUCAACAGGAAUGAGAUCACAGACGCUGCGGCUUCCGCGUUCGCCAACCCCGAGCAGAUCCCGGAGAAGUACGUCCGAACCGAGGAGGUCCUUGACGGCGUCGUCGUCGGUGAGGACGAGCGCUACGAGCUGCCGGUCGUCGACAUGGCCAGGCUCCUCGACCCGGAGCUGUCGGCGUCGGAGAUCGCCAAGCUUGGCGAUGCCUGCAGAAACUGGGGUUUCUUUCAGCUGACAAACCAUGGAGUUGACGAAGAAGUGGUACAGCGAAUGAAAGACAAUACCGUGCAGUUCUUCAGCCUGCCGCUGGGAAGCAAAGCCAAAGUGGCGGUCCGAGGAAACGGCUUCGAAGGAUUUGGGCACCACUAUAGCAGAGCGUCCAGUGGCAAGCUGGACUGGGCAGAGAGCAUGAUCCUCGUCACGCAGCCACCCCAGGACAGGAACAUGGAAAUGUGGCCUACAAAUCCGCCCACGUUCAGGGACGCGCUUGAGGUUUACUCGGUGGAGAUGAUCGACCUCGCAAUGCGGCUCCUGGGUUUCAUGGCGGCCGAUCUUGGGGUGGAGCAGGAGGCGCUCCUGGACGCCUUCACAGGGAAGCGGCAGAGCAUGGCGAUCCACUACUACCAUCCGUGCCGCCACCGGGAGAAGGUGAUGGGCAUCACGCCACACACGGACGGCCUGGGCCUGACGCUCCUGCUGCACGUGGACGACACGCCCGGCCUGCAGAUCCGGAAGGACGGCAGGUGGUUCCCGGUGCGCCCGCUGCCGGGCGCCUUCGUCGUCAACGUCGCCGACAUCCUGGACGUGCUCACCAACGGCGCCUACGCCAGCGUCGAGCACAGGGUGAUCCCGGACGCCGAGAGGGGCCGGACCACCGUGGUGAUAUUCCAGGAGGCGUCCGUCGGUGGUCUGGUGGCGCCGCUGCCUGGGCUCCUCGAGGAGGAGGGCACCCACGCGCGGUACAAAUCCAUUGAGAUAGAGGAGUACAUCAAGGGGAACUUCAAUGCGCUGGAGCAAGGGACACGGUUCAUCGAGAGCCUCAGGAUAUAG